AUGGAUGCGAAGAAACAAUUACUGCCAACAUUAGAAAUCUGCCAGUGUGAGUCCGUGUCCUCCCUGCACGUGAUACUGUUACAGUAUGGUUUCUACAUUGUAGCAGCUCGGGGCUCUUGUCUCUAUGACACCUUUCUUCACUUCUUGGUCAGUACAAUACAACCGAGGCAUUAUCUGUUAUCAGAGAACAUAGGAGAACCUACUGUAACCAACCUCAUCAUCUACACCAACCUCAUCAUCUACACCAGCCUCAUCUACACCAACCUCAUCAUCUACACCAGCUUCAUCAUCUACACCAGCUUCAUCUACAUCAACCUCAUCAUCUACACCAGCCUCAUCAUCUACACCAGCCUCAUCAUCUACACCAGCCUCAUCAUCUACACCCGCUUAAUCUACACCAGCUCCAUCUACACCAGCCUCAUCAUCUACACCAGCCUCAUCAUCUACACCAGCCUCAUCAUCUACACCAGCCUCAUCAUCUACACCAGCCUCAUCAUCUACACCAGCCUCAUCAUCUACACCAGCCUCAUCAUCUACACCAGCCUCAUCAUCUACACCAGCCUCAUCAUCUACACCCCCUCAUCAUCUACACCAGCCUCAUCAUCUACACCAGCUUCAUCAUCUACACCAGCCUCAUCAUCUACACCAGCCUCAUCAUCUACACCAGCCUCAUCAUCUACACCAGCCUCAUCAUCUACACCAGCCUCAUCAUCUACACCAGCCUCAUCAUCUACACCAGCCUCAUCAUCUACACCAGCCUCAUCAUCUACACCAGCCUCAUCAUCUACACCAGCCUCAUCAUCUACACCAGCCUCAUCAUCUACACCAGCCUCAUCAUCUACACCAGCCUCAUCAUCUACACCAGCCUCAUCAUCUACACCAGCCUCAUCAUCUACACCAGCCUCAUCAUCUACACCAGCCUCAUCAUCUACACCAGCCUCAUCAUCCUCAUCAUCUACACCAACCUCAUCAUCUACACCAGCCUCAUCAUCUACACCAGCCUCAUCAUCUACACCAGCUUCAUCUACACCAGCCUCAUGUUGUACAUCAACUUCAUUAUCCUCACCAGACUUAUCAACUACACCAGUCUCAUCAUCUACACCAGCUUCAUCUACACCAACCUCAUCAUCUACACCAGCCUCAUCAUCUACACCAGCUUCAUCUACACCAACCUCAUCAUCUACAUCAGCCUCAUCAUCUACAUCAGCUUCAUCAUCCUCACCAACACCAACAUCAUCAUCCUCAACAUCUACACCAACCUCAAUAUCCUCACCAGCCUCAUCAUUCCCAUCAUCCUCCCCACCCACACCAGCCUUAUCAUCCCCACCAGCCUCAUCAUCUUCACCAUCUACCCCAGUCUUACCAUUCUCAUCAUCUUGUUCUCAUCAUCAUGUUUCAAGGAAAGAAGAGAUCAGUUCACAAGAGGAGCCUGAAACAGAAGAAAGGAAGGAGGAGGCAGAAGUGCUGCGUACCGAGAACGGCAGCUCCUCCAGUCCCUGCAGAUAUGGAAAUGGACAAAAAGCCUGUUAA